UAUUUUAUUCCAGGCUUUGACAGUGCAGCGACUGACACCUGCCAAAGAACUGCAGGAUGAUUCACAUGAAGGUCAGACUCCUCUUGAAACCUCGGCUCAGUGUCUUCAGUGCAUUGGUCUUGCAUCACACUGUGUUCCUCCUAACACACUCUGGUGGAGGUCAGUCUCAUGUGAUCGGUACAUCUCAGCCAAUAGUGGCAAAGGUUGGUGAUGACAUAACUUUGCCAUGCCACCUGAAAACUGCCAUGGAUGCUACUGACCUGACUGUGGAGUGGGCCAGACCUGACCUAGAGCCCAGAUUUGUCUAUUUGAGACGAGAUGGCGUGGAGCUUCAGCCUGAGGAGCAUCCAUUGUACAUGGGGAGAACGUCACUGUCCACCAACAAACUAAAGUGUGGAGACAUUUCACUUAAACUCUCCCAACUAAAACUCUCUGAUGCAGGAACCUACAAAUGCCUUGUUCCAAAAUCUGGUACAGAAUCUGUUGUCGCGCUUACUGUAGGUUCGGUCUCCUCACCUGACAUAAAGAUAUCCAAAGUCAGCAAUGGUGUUUCUCUGCAGUGUGAGUCUGGAGGCUGGUACCCAGAGCCUGAGGUGUCGUGGCUGGACGGUGAGGGAAACCUCCUCUCUGCUGGACCUACAGAGACCACCAGAAGUCCUGAUGAUCUCUACACUGUCAGCAGCAGAGUGACUGUGGAGAAGAGACCCAGCAACAGAUUCACCUGUAGAGUCCAGCAGAAGGACACCAACCAGACCAGAGAAACAACUAUCCAUCUUCCAGAUGAUUUCUUCAUGGCCCAGUCCAAUUCUGCUGUUCGCAUCACCAUCUGCUUGGCUGUCUACUUCAUGUCUGUCAUGGCAUUCUUUGUUUUGUGGAAACGUGGACAACACCAAAUCAAAACCCCAAGCAGAAGCACAGAACAGCAGCAUCUGAUGGACGGAGACACAAUGAUUCAGUUGGAGAUGAAAGAGGAAAACCUCAGUGAGGAGUUACAGAAGAAUGAGGAUGAUUUGAAACAUGUACAGCAGGUGAAUAUGAUAUUAAUGACCCAGAAGAAAGAGCUGGAGAACCAGAGGCAGACACUCACCUCACUAGAGGAUAAGGACAAGACACAGAUAAAGGAGAACAACAAGAAGCUGAAGAAGCUCCCCAAAACAGAGAAAAGUAAAAAAAUGGAAAAGCGUGUAAAGACCAGAGAGGAUCUGGACAGGAGAAGCAAAGAACAUGAUGAACUGUUAUGUAACACAAAGAAGUUACAGGAGACAGCAGAUCAGAUGAUUACUAUAAUGAAAGAAAGGAAAGAGAAACUAGAAAAAGAUAAGGAGAAAAUAAACCAACACCUGAAAGAGACAGCGAGAGAGAGAGAAGAGACCCAGAAGAAACUUCAGUUAGAGCAGCAAGAGAGAGAAGAGGACCAGAAUAAUCCAUCGUCCAAUCAGGAUGAUGAAUGA